AUGAUACAACCAAUACAUAGAAAUCAAAUAUUUAAUCCAUCAACAACAGUAAUAAGAAAAUCAAAAUCACAACAACAACAACAACAACAACAAUUAAAUGUAACUGAAAAACAAGAUGUAAUACCAAUAGUUAAAUUACCAACAAUUGUAAACAAAAUAUCGACAAGAAUUCAGAAUUCAAAUCAAUUAGUUAAUAUUCAAGAUUCAUUAACAUCUCAAAAAAUAUCUUCAACAGACGUAAAUCAAUCUUCAUUUCCGAAAUUAUUUAAACCAAUCACUGUACAAUUACAUUUACCAAACAUGAAUGAUCAUGUAGUUAAAGAAAAUCUCACACAAAAAGCAAUAUUAAGAUGUAAAUCACCACAAACUUCAAAUAUAUUUAGUCGAUCGACUACUUUCGUAGAUAUUGAACCUCAAGAAGAAACAAAAAGUUAUCAUCCACUUCAGCAUAUGGAUGUAGGUUCAUUGCUCAGUGAAUCAGCACGUAAUCGAUUGAAACGUUUAUUUGAUAAACUUGAUACAGAUAAAGAUGGACAUAUAUCAUAUCCACAAGUACAAAGAUGUUUACCAUCUAAUUUUCCUCGUGCUCAAUUAACAUUUUUUCGUGUAUUAUAUGAUAUUAUAAGUGGUGCAACAUAUUUUGGUUUACAAGAAUUUUAUGCAACAGCUAUUAUUGUUGAAAUGGUAGCUAAACAAGAUUCAAAAUUAUGGAAUACAUUAUUAGAUGAUGUUGAUUUUAAUUAUUAUCAUAAUAAUAUUUUUGAAUUAUUAGAAGAUUUUAAUAAUCAAUGUUUAUCUAAUAGUCAAACAAUAAAUUAUGAACAAUUUCUUGAAUUUAUUAAAAAACGAAUAGGAAAUAAUAAAAUUGAACGUAUAUCAAAUGAAUUAGAAUAUAUUAUGCCAAAGAUUAAAACAAUGAAAAUAAGUCGUCUAGAUUUUAUUGCACUUCUACCAAUUAUUAUUUAUAUUGAAUCAUAUUAUGUUCAUGGACAAACAUUAUUUCGUUUUCAAGAAAAUUCUUUACUUGAUUUACAUAUACGACAAGCUUUAUUAACUUAA